GCUGCAGGCAGGCGGCCAGAAUAGGGCACAGAUCUUGGACACGGUGUAGAGUCUCUCCACCGUGAUCUUGGACUUGACUUUGGGAAAAGCCCGCUCGUGCAGGCACCGUACCUUGGUUCCCCGGACUCUACCGCCGCGCUGCGGCCUGCGGCUAUUAUGGGAAAUGCCCGCUCGUGACCAAGCCAAACCGGACCGAAGUGAAACUCGGUUCGGUUUCGGUCCAGUCGCCGCGCCACCUCAGACCAGGCAGGUUUAGAUCGUGAGUUGAGGUGUGAACCCCUGCGCAGCGCAGUGCUAGUCAAAGAACCUCGCAUCCGCGUGCCCCUCGCUGAGAACAUGGAUCACCUGCCCGACGACGCCCUGGUGGAGGUGAUGCAGUACCUGGACGUGCCGGACCUCUUGUCCUGCCGCCUCGUGUGCAAGAGGCUCGCGGCCUUGGCGCUGCACCGGGACGCGUGGCGGCAUCGGCAGCUCGCCUGCAGCGACCGCUGGAUGUGCGUGGCGCUGCGCCUGGCGCCGUGUCUGGACAAGGCGGAGCUGCAGCUGCCGCUGAGCGGCCGACUCAUGAUCGCCACCACCACCACCUGCGCCGUGGCCGAGCUGAAGCUGACGAUGGACUGCGCCGUGUUCGGCGCCAUGCAGGCAGCCGUUCUGACCCGCCAUCAGGCGUCGCUCGGGCGCCUCAAGCGCCUCUCGCUUGUCUUUUCCGAGGAGGAUACAUCCCUGUGCCCCACGCUGCUGUUCUGGAUGGUGGCGUCGACGAGUGGCCUAGAGAGUCUUGAGAUUCCGGUGUUCCCAUUCUACUUUGACCUUAGCACCGAGAGUAGGUAUCUUCCGGACAGACCCGUCUCCUCGCCGUCCUUGGAAAUUUUCCGGUGCGGUUUUCACCGGAAGUCGGCGUCCUUUGUGCACUUCAUCCUGGCCGAACACGCGGAUACCCUGAAGGAUGUUAGCAUUCCCACGCUGACUUCGCCCUCGGAUCCGUUAACGGCGUCCCUGCUCGCCAACAUUCCCAACCUCAGCCGGCUGAUGUGCCCCCUGAUCCCCGGGCUGGACGCCUUGGCUGAGCGCGUGAAGCAGUCCCUGUGCUGGGUGCACCUCUGCGUCUCCUCGCUCAUGCGACCCUUCGUCCCGGCGGCCGCAGACUUCUUGCGACGCGCCGAGGACCUGUGGGCGGUCACUCUGACAAUCGAUGAAGCCGGCGACGUCGCCCUGCAGCUAGUCGAGGCCAUGGUCUCGUCCGGCGAGUCUGAAGUGAGGGUGUUGAGCCUUCGGGGAUCCCACUGCAGAUCGCUAGCUGCACUGCAGCAGAUAGUCGAUAAGUUGACCUCGAUGCCGUACCUGCGGGUUCUGAAGCUGCAAGGUCCACGGGGCCCGGACAGCCCCCGCUGCGUCCACGCCUUACUGCACUGGGUCUCUCUCCAGAAACUCAUGAAUGAAAACCACCGAAUGCGGCUCUUCGCUCGCGAUGACCUGCCCAGGUACUGCCAAGGAGCGCCCUGCGAUAGCUGUAAGAAGACUUGCUGUACGGCGACAUGGCUGACAGAAUGUGCAGUGUUCAUGACUCGACUUAUAGAUGAUGAAGACGACUGUUGUAAU